GUCCCUGCUUACGCUAAGUUUCUUAAAGAUUUAUGCACUCAAAAGCGUAAGAUGAAUGUUCAUAAGAAGGUCUUCCUUGCAGAGCAACUCAGCUCCAUGAUUCAACACAACACCCCUCCUAAAUUUAGGGAUCCAGGAGCUCCUACCAUUUCUUGCAUCAUAGGAGAUCAUAAGAUUGAAAAGGCAUUGCUUGAUUUAGGGGCGAGUGUCAAUUUGUUACCAUAUUCUGUGUAUGAGCAGCUAGGACUUGGACGUCCAUUCUUGGCCACCUCCAAUGCAAUCAUAAAUUGUAGGAAUGGAGUUAUGAAGUUGUCCUUUGGUAACAUGAAGAUCAAGCUCAACGUUUUCAAUGCUGGACAACAAAUGUCAGACUCGGAUGAUAUAUUUGAAGUGAAUAUGAUUGAGAGUCUAGUGCAUGACUCUUUCCUUGAAUCUUCCGAAAACGCUCUUGAGACUUGUUUAACACAUUUUGGCAUAGAUUUUGACAUAGAAAGUUCCAUCCAAGAAGUCAAUGUGUUGCUUAACUCUAAUCCGAAAAUGGAUACAACAAAAUGGAAAGCUAGAGUGGAACCUCUUCCACCUUCUGAGUCUAAACUGGUCCCGUCUACUGAGAAACCACCCAAAGUCGACCUUAAACAAUUACCUGAAACUCUCAAGUAUGCAUUUUUAGGACCUUCUGAAACCCUGCCUGUCAUCAUAGCUGCUAAUCUUGAUAAAGAACAGGAGGGUAACUAUUAUUGUUUCCUGGAUGGUUAUUCCGGGUAUAAUCAAAUUCCCAUUGCUCCCGAGGAUCAAGAGAAAACCACAUUUACAUGUCCUUUUGGCACAUAUGCCUAUCGGCGUAUGCCAUUUGGAUUGUGUAAUGCGCCUGCGACCUUCCAACGAUGCAUGAUGAGUAUUUUUUCAGACAUGGUUGAGCGUUUUCUUGAGAUUUUCAUGGAUGAUUUUUCAAUUUUCGGCUCUUCAUUUGAUGAAUGUUUAUACCAUCUAUCUCUUGUCUUGGAAAGAUAUCAUGCAGCAUUGAAAUAUCUUCUUUCUAAAAAAGACGCUAAACCUCGAUUGGCCUGUGGUGAUCAUUUUGGUUCAAAGAAAACAGCUGCGAAAGUCUUACAAAGUGGAUUUUAUUGGCCUACACUAUUUCACGACACCCAUGCCUUCUGCUCAACAUGUGAUAGAUGCCAACGUACGGGUAAUAUUUCUCACAGGAACAUGAUGUCACUUACCAAUAUUCUCAUUGUUGAAAUAUUUGAUGUUUGGGGUAUUGACUUCAUGGGCCCAUUUCCCCCGUCAUUCGGUUAUGUGCAUAUCCUUAUGGCCGUCGACUAUGUCUCUAAGUGGAUUGAAGCAGUGCCAUGUAAAACGAAUGAUCACAGAGUAGUGGUCCGUUUCUUAAAAGAAAAUAUCUUUUCUCGUUUUGGCACUCCUCGAGCAAUUAUAAGUGAUGGGGGUACUCAUUUUUGCAACAAACCGUUUGAAUCCUUAAUGAAAAAAUAUUCCAUCACUCAUAAAGUUGCAACGCCAUAUCAUCCACAAACAAGUGGCCAAGUUGAGGUGUCAAAUCGGGAGAUCAAACAAAUUUUAGAGAAAACGGUUCGCCCCGAUCGUAAGGAUUGGUCGCAACGGUUGAAUGAUGGUCAUACCUCCCUCCCGACUAUAGCGGAGGUUUCGUCAUCUGGAAAAGCAGAAAUUCCCUUAUCAGAUACUAGAGCAGAAGCGGAAAAUAAAUCCCCCAUUACGUGCCCUUCUCCCAUCCAACUGCUAGCUCAGAGUUUAGAAUUCUUCUCUUAUCCUAUAGACAUUCCGACUCCAACAACCUUGGAUUCAAGUACUUGGGUUCACGAACUAUCUCUCAAUGUUGUAGUUGCAUCUGCAGACAUACCUGUAUCUUCUGAGGCAGGAAUACCUUCUAUCCUAGCCACUUCUUUGAUUGCCCCCAAAGAGGUUAUGCCAUCUUCGAACGGAUCUGUAGGCUCUAAUUCUAUAGCCACGAUUUCUGAAAGAAUUUCUCUGGAGAAAGUUUCACCUCUUAUGCUCAUAUUCUUCAAGAAUGCCAUUUUUGUCAUUGUGAGCGCCUUUAAAGAUCAUUCACAAUGGCCCUUUUUGGACAGUGCCUUAAUUGUUCUUGAACAUUCAAGAAGGUUGGCUCAUAUCAACGUUCUUCCUCUGCAUGAUUCCCUGUUGCAAUUCUAUAACUCUAUAAAUAUUUUGCAAUCAGCAUGGAGUAUAGUUAUUGCUCCAGAGAUUUUGGAUGGUCAAAGAGAACAAACAUCCCUCAGGGCGAAGAUUUCUCAAACUGACGACCUAAUAUCUAGUUAUGAUACUGAGCGUCAAUCUCUUCAUGACAAACUGAAAGCCUCUGAAAAGAAUAGGGUGAUCAUUGAAAAUCAUAUCGCUUUUCUACAGAAAGAGAUAGCUUAA